UGUAAGUAUCGAACGAUAGAGAAAAAUUUUUACAUGUGAUAUUGGAUAUGUACACACACACAUACACACACACACACACACAUGUACGUAUAUAACGACAUCGACAACUGUUAUUGUCAUUAGUAUGUGGUGAUUCAUCGUGCGUGCGAGAAGAUACUUGUACCCAAAAUGGAGACGACAUCUUUAAAACUAGUUUUCAUUAUUGCCAUAAUGUUUCCUACUGCUAAUCCCGUCAUUUUGAAAGAUCAUGCAAAUUGCACGCUUCCUUUCCAUCAAGUAUCUACCGAUCAUAUGGUACCAAUAAGAAUUGAUGUUACAAUUCAAGUAAAACCGAGAAGCAUCUUGUCAGGCAAAACCGAUAUCACUAUAAUUGUAAAAAAACCUACGACGAAUAUAACUCUGCAUGGACAUGAUUUGGAAAUAGAUAUGGCGUGCACAAUGAUUAUGAGACCUGGUGCAAAGCCGAAGUGUCGUGAGGAGGAUGCUGUAUAUAAACUGUGGGAAGUAGUGUAUUGUUCCGAAAAUGAAACGAUAAACCUGAUAUUUAUUGAUUAUAUAUCCCCUGGCCAGUAUAUCUUACAUAUAGAACAUUUCUCUCUUUUGGAUAAAAAUGAAAACGUGAUGAUUUAUUUAUACUCUUGGAAAAAUGAAGCUAGGUGGAUCGUCACGAACUUAUAUUCGUCAAACGCAAUACGAAGACUGUUUCCAAGCUGGGACAAUGCGACAAUUAAAGAAUACUUGCAUAUAACAGUGAUAUAUGAUAAACCAUAUAUGAUCUUUUUGAAUAUACCUAUACAGUAUUCACAUGAUGAAAAUAACUCGCGAAAGACGCUUUUCUCAGACAUCUACAAAACUUCUACUCAUUCCCUCACGUUUCUGUUUAUAAGUGGUUUGACGACAAAUAUCAAACAAUACGAUAUGAACUAUCUGUGGAAUGAACCGAAUGCGACGGUAGCACUCGAAUACGCGCACAUAGUAGCAUUUCAUACCACAUUACAAUUUAAAUGGAUCAUAAACAUCGUUUUGUCUGAAAUCAUAAAUAAAAUUGACCAUAUCGUACUCCCGACUUGCCCAAUGAAAUCCGCGGGACGUCUUGAACUCAUUGUUUACAGGGAAAAAGAUGUUACGUACAAGGAAGGAGUAGAUUCUCCUGGAAAAAUGAUUGAUAUUGCGAAGUUGGUAUCAUAUGAAAUGUCACGUCAAUUGUUUGUCGGUAUAAUGAACUCGCAUUUGAACAUUGAGGAUAAAUGGUUCGAUGAGAUACUUGCGUCCUUCUAUAGUUUUUAUAUUGUAGACAAGAUAUGGUUGGGUAAAGAAAUGAUGGAGCUGUUCGUAGUCCAAAAUCUACAAACUGCUUUAGAUAGUGACAUUUAUUUGGAGCUCAAACCUACUAUACAUAAAUCUAAGAGCGAUUAUGGAAUUGAUGGAUUACUUUACCCUUUACUGUAUCACAAGAAAGCAUUCGCCCUAUUUCGUAUGUUACUCAAUUUGCUCACUCCACCAAAGUUUGAUGAAAUUAUUAAGAAAUAUGUACAUUCUCGAAACACGAAUUUCUGGACAAUCGUUGAGGAAGUAUAUCUUGAAAAAUACAUUAAAAAGUGUACGAUAAAAGAAAUAAUGAACUCAUGGUUAACGGAAGCACAUCACCUAGAAAUGCACUUUAUUCGUGACUAUAAUAAGGAAACAGUGAUGUAUAAUCCAAUGUAUCCUAAUAAUGCCUUCAAUUUUAAGAUGCCAAUUACGUUUCGUACGAAUUUGAAAUUCUAUUUUACUGUUUUUUGGUGUGGAAGAAAUGACAUAAAUAUUUUUAGAGGAAUUAACUCAAAUUAUUUUUUUUUAGUCAACACGGAACAAGUCGGUUAUUACCGAGUUAAUUACGACAGCCGGAAUUGGUUACUGCUUGCGGAGUAUUUACAGUCUGCCAACUCUACACCCAUAGCUGUCCUCAAUCGAGCACAGAUUGUCAACGAUGCGUUUUACUUUACAACAUUUUGGAAAAUGGAAUCUCAACUCUUCUUCGAUGUUAUAAAGUUUCUAAAUGAGGAGUCUAAUUACAUAGUAUGGCAUCCAAUGUUUAACAUUUUCUCGUAUAUGUCGGCUUUCUUAAAAACACCAAUAGGCGAUUCCGCGAAGGCAAAGUUUCUGAGCAUAUUGAAUAGUCUUCUUCAUAGAGUGGGAUAUGAAGAACGUGAAGCCGAUCGAGAAAUGACGAUGCCGUUAAGAUUACUAGCAAUAAAGUGGGCUUGCGAAUUUGGCCUCGAAGAAUGCAGAAAUGCCGUUGCCGAAAAAAUGAUUGCAUAUAUACACAAUAGUGAACAGAACAUAAUUGCGCGAUGGACAAACUGGAUACACUGUAUUGGAAUGAUGAACAUAAAUACGACUAUUUUAGAACUGAUUUGGCAAUUAAACAUUCAAGAGGAAAAUAUAGAGAUUUUAGAAUCCUUGUCCUGUAUAGAAGAUGACAUAACCUUAUUGCAUUUUUUGCAACUGAUGACAAAUAUUACCUAUGAGAACAAUGCAACAAAAUUAUCAAUGGGAAAAAUACAUCGUUUUAUUAUUAAGAGACAUAUCGAAAAGCAAAAAAUUCUCAAUUAUUUCUUGAACAAUUAUUUCAAGAUAAUAGACAGAUUCCCCAACGAUUUUGGUACCCACGAUAAUCUAACUCUAAUAGCUGAUAUCAUUAUGAAUGCACAUAGCCAGAUGACACUCAGCAAGAUAAAGAUACACAUAACCCAGAAUUUUGAUGAUCACAGACUAGGGAUCAACAGCAGAAAUAUGAUCGAAAUACGACAAGAGCAUAUAUUAAGACAGCGAAGAAAGUUCAAAAUAUUUGAGAAUUGAUGUUCUAUAGUGAUAAUAAUCCAUUUGACCUAUAGCUUUACUGCCACUUGUACGAAUUAUAAUCUAUAUAAGGGCUUACAUUAUAUAUUUUACAUUACAUAUAUUAUAUAAAGAAUAUUUAUAGCGUAAAA